AUGGAAGGCUGUGGGGCCCCUGUGAAGCUGGGCCAGCUGGGAAAGGAGGCAUCUCCAGGUGUGGCCUCCAGAGAUACCAAGAUGCCAAGCCUUCCCACCACUAACCUCCAGCUCCAUAGCACCUCUCAGCCUCAGAGUCACACCUGCAGCCAGUGCAACUGCAGCCACCAGUGCCAGGGCUGCAGCCAGAACCUGCCCAGCCACCACAGCACGCCUGGCCCCCUGAGCCGGAGCCCCAUCCCCAGACCCAGCCCCAGGCCCAGCCCCAGGCCCAGCUCCAGUGCCAGGCCCAGGCCCAGGCCCAGCCCCAGCCCCAGGCCCAGCUCCAGUGCCAGCCCAUCACCCCGGCACCACAGACCACCCAUGCAAUCCCGCCAUGCUCCUGCUGGGCGCAAGUUCCACCACAAGGGCUCCAGCAACAGAAAGAAGACGUUGACAAGGAAGGUAAAAAGAAAAGUGACCAGGAGGAGCACAAGGAGAUACAGAUCAAAGAGGCGAAGCUCAGGGCGAAAAUACAACUGAUGAGACAGCACUUUCUGGAUCAUUCCUGUGUCAGUUUUACCCUAAGGAGAAAGGCCAUCACAGUAUGCCAGGAUGAAGUCCAGGAACAUGUUACCAUGGUGAUUUCUAUGCAACAAGGAUUAAAGCUUGUACCCUGGAAGACUAAUCUUGAGUUAGUAUUUCAAUUUCCCUAAUAAAGGUGUCA